GGUUGCGAAACGUGGAUUGUUUGGUGAGAAAUAACAUUGUUAGUGCUUGAACAUUAGUGUUAUAAAAAUGGACAAGAAAGCGGCUGAAUCGAGCGUACCGGGCGGUCGGUACGGGCAAGUGCGGCGUGGCUAUCGAGAUAGAACCCCGGAUACAUCCGCGGCGCCUACAUUCGAGGAGCUACGGAACAGAUUCGACACUAGCGCCUCUCGGGAGAUUGCGGCGAACCCGGCAACUCAUGGCAGCGCCAUGCGACAAGUGGUGAGCGGGAAGGUUUUCAAGAAGUGCAAAAGCGCUACGUUUCAGAUAGAUGGCGCCACUUACACUAUCGAACAAGGCGCUCUAACGAUAGUCCGCCGCUCGUCGAGCCGCAGCAAGGGAGAGUGCGCAACGCCCACCGACGAGCAGCUCGACCAGCUCGACCUCGACACUGAACACUUGCCCGCCGUCGACACGCCCGACGCCUGCGAUAAGGCCGCUCUUAGAUUACGCUAUCUACUCAGACAAUUAAAUAGAGGUGAAAUACCCGCGGAAACGUUACAAAAGAACCUACAAUACGCCGCAAAAGUCCUCGAAGCAGUCUACAUAGAUGAGACCAAACCAGCAGUGGCGCGCCAGCAGUCGGCGCCGACCCUCGUGUUUAGACGGCUUGCGGAUGAAGAUGACGAGCUAUCAGAGGUCCAGCCGGACGCUGUACCUCCUGAAGUCAGGGAAUGGUUGGCGUCAACAUUCACGAGGCAACUGGCAACAUCCAAAAGAAAGUCUGACGAAAAACCAAAAUUCCGGUCCGUCGCCCACGCUAUCCGCGCUGGAAUUUUCGUGGAUAGAAUCUACAGACGGGUCACGAGUACUGCACUUAUGCAGUUUCCACAAGAUGUUGUUCGAGUUUUAAAGACAUUGGACGAGUGGUCAUUUGACGUGUUUGCGCUGCACGAGGCGUCUGUGGGGGCGCCAGUAAAGUACCUCGGGUACGAACUCCUCAACCGAUAUGGCAUGAUUCACAAGUUUAAGGUGCAGUCGACGAUUUUAGAAACUUUCCUCAGCCGAAUAGAGGAGGGCUACUGCAAGUUCCACAACCCCUACCACAAUAACCUGCACGCGGCUGAUGUCGCGCAGACUGUUCACUAUAUGCUCUGUCAGACUGGCCUUAUGAACUGGCUGUCGGACCUGGAGAUAUUCGCAACUCUGGUAGCGGCGAUUGUGCACGACUUUGAACACACUGGUACCACCAACAACUUCCACGUGAUGUCCGGCUCUGACACCGCUCUGCUGUACAAUGACCGCGCCGUGCUUGAGAACCACCACAUCAGUGCCGCCUUCAGACUUAUGCGUGACGAGGAAUGCAACAUUCUGCAGAACUUAUCGCGCGACGAAUUCCGCGAGUUCCGCACACUGGUCAUCGACAUGGUGCUCGCGACAGACAUGUCGUUCCACUUCCAACAGCUGAAGAACAUGCGGUCGCUACUCACACUCGCCGAGCCAGCGGUUGACAAGUCAAAAGCAGUGUCCCUUGUUCUGCAUUGCUGUGAUAUAUCGCAUCCAGCUAAGAGAUGGGAUCUCCAUCAUCGAUGGACUAUGAGCCUGCUGGACGAGUUCUUCCUGCAGGGAGACAAGGAGCGAGAACUGGGACUACCCUUCAGUCCUCUGUGCGAUCGGAAUAAUACUCUUGUAGCAGAAUCUCAAAUUGGCUUCAUUGAAUUCAUCGUGGAGCCCAGCAUGGGCGUAUGCGCCGAUAUGUUGGAAUGUAUACUAGGACCACUGCAUUCUAACACCAAAAAUACUACGAAUACUAGCGGACAAGAGCCUAUUAAUGAAGAGAAUACAGGUGCGGAAGGAAGCAAUAAGUUUAAAAUAAGAAAACCGUGGGUGACUUGCUUAAGCGAUAACAAGAAGAUAUGGAAAGAGCAAGCAGCUAAAGACGCAGAAGCCCGUGCUAAGCUUGAAGAAGAGAAUAACGGUGAACAACCAGUGGCAACAGAAGAAUAAUAUUUGGCCACAUUUGUAAAUAGUGUGAAGACAACGUGUUGCAACAUGUUUCAGUCACUCAUGAAAAAGAACUAAACUGUAAUAGUUAUGCGAUUACGUAGUUACGCUUCUUCGCAUUUAAAUUAAGUGAACUGAACUAACUCGUGCGUAAAUACUUCGAGUGAUGAAUGCUUAAAAAAUAAUUAUUGUAUAGGCAGUGUUACAAAUAGAAAAUGUCUGGAAAUUU